UGGUCAGCCUCUGGUGUAGAGUCAGGAUCAAUGCUGCUGGUGCUAACCUUCUGCUCUGUGUGGAUUCAUCCCUCUGAGCUUCCUGGCUAUGGAGCUGGGAGCAAGUCAUUCUCAUGGUCAGGCCCAGGUUGUUCUGGGACAUGCACAUCUCCAGCAGCUUUCCCUUCAUCCCUGCAGACACUGAACCUGCAUCCGGAGCUCCAGCCUCUCCAGAUUUUCCUUUUAAGGUUCUUCAGUGGUGGUACUUGGGAACAAACAGGUCAUAUUGAUCAUGGACAGUGAAGAAAUCCCGACUUUCUCAAGUCCAAAGGAGGAAACAGCGUAUUGGAAAGAGCUUUCCUUGAAGUACAAACAAAGCUUCCAGGAAGCUCGGGAAGAGCUGGCUGAAUUUCAGGAAGGAAGCAGGGAGUUAGAAGCUGAGUUGGAGGCACAGCUAGUGCAGGCUGAGCAGAGGAACAGAGAUUUGCAAGCAGAUAACCAAAGACUGAAGUAUGAAGUGGAAACAUUAAAGGAGAAACUGGAGCACCAGUAUACACAAAGUUACAAGCAAGUGUCCUGUUUGGAGCAUGACCUGAGCCAGACACGAGCUAUUAAAGAUCAGCUGCAUAAGUAUGUGAGGGAGCUGGAGCAAGCCAACGAUGACUUGGAACGUGCCAAGAGGGCAACAAUAGUUUCAUUGGAAGACUUUGAACAAAGGCUGAACCAAGCUAUUGAAAGAAAUGCCUUUCUAGAAAGUGAACUGGAUGACAAGGAGUCGUUGCUGGUUUCUGUACAGAGAUUAAAGGAUGAAGCGAGAGACCUGAGGCAGGAGCUGGCAGUACGGGAAAGGCAGCAGGAAGUCACACGCAAGUCAGCACCCAGUUCCCCGACUCUGGACUGUGAGAAGAUGGAUUCGGCCGUGCAGGCGUCCCUCUCCCUGCCAGCCACGCCUGUUGGAAAAGGAUCAGAGAAUAGUUUUCCUUCCCCAAAAGCUAUACCAAAUGGAUUUGGUACCAGCCCCCUUACUCCUUCAGCUCGAAUAUCUGCACUCAACAUCGUGGGGGACCUGCUACGGAAAGUGGGGGCCUUAGAAUCCAAAUUAGCUGCUUGCAGGAACUUUGCAAAGGACCAGGCAUCCCGGAAAUCCUACGUGUCGGGGAACAUUAACAGCAGUGUGAUGAACAGCAACGGCACAAAGUAUCCUCACCCGGGGCACACUUCCUUCUUUGACAAAGGGGCAGUGAACGGCUUUGAUCAAGGUCCCCCCGGCCUGGGAGCCUCUCGCCCCUCCUCAGCGCCUGGAAUGCUGCCCCUGAGCGUAUGAGCCCGCGGGAGGUCGUGUUCGGACUUGCGGAUGCUGUUCUCAGCCCACCCAGAGAAGAAGCGCUCCAGCUCUCUCCCUGCUGCCGCCCGCUGGAACACGACCCUGCCUCCAUGUCCUGUUAAUGCAGUUCCCGUUCUCCUGCUGUAGCGGACGUGCUGUGGCUCGGCCCCAUGCCCUGCAGUGCUCUGCUCACCAGACCUCGGCCCGGCAGCCUCGGCGCUCGCAUUCUCUCUCCCCUGGGUUUGGCACCACACAAGGGUUGGCCGCUGCCCUCCCUGCCUGCACCAGCAUCCUGCCAGCAGGCACAGCUCCGGGUGCUGGGGUGAGCAAGGGGAGGGUGAGCGUGGGCCCCAGCCCUGCGCUAUGCACAUCACACGGGGCUCCACGGGGCCGGGAGGGAUGGAGACACGGGGGGGACAGCAUUCCCUGCGUCCCAGUGCCCUCAGUCCCAGCAGCAGAUGCCUUAGUGUGAGGAGGGCAGCCGGACCGUUCUCCCUCGGUGCAUGGUGCCCAUGGACCUGCAGCACAUCCGCCCAACCCCACCAUCUCCUGCCCUGGUCACAGCCUUCCCCACACCUCCACCACAGGGACCCCAGGACUGCCUUAGGAAGCCACCGCUCCCUGUGGCCACACACUUCCCUUUCCAUGUGCCCAUCACAGCCCCAUUUGUGUAACAUGCGCCUGGAUUGUUACAGCAUCACCCGUGGGCUCUGGUGCCAGUGUUGGGCGAGUGCUCCAUGUGGGUCCUUCAAGCAGCGUGUUUGUGUGAUCUCUGUCGAUGUGCCUCAGAGGGGGUGGAUUUUAACUGACCCAGUACCCCCAGCCCGGGCUGGAGCUCGGGGCUUAGAACUCAUCGGUCCCGGUCAGAGCCAUCAUCUUGGUUUAGUUACAAGCAUGGAGAAACCCAGAGGGAGAUGGGGACCCCCCACCCCUGUUUAGGGUCUGUGUGCUCCUUCCUGCGUCCCCUGCUGCGACUGACUGUUUACAUUUGUUUUAUUGUACAUAGGUUUGUAAACAUAAUACCUUUGCCUGAGGUCUUCUUUGUACAUAACUUGGGCUUUGUAGCUUUAUUUAUUCAAACUCUAUAUGGCAUGUUUCCAUAGGACAGUGUACCAGCCCCCCGGGGGGACACGGGUCAUGCUGUGGUUUAACACAAACCAGUGAGAGUCAGCUUCCAACAAUAAAGUUCUUUUAAUGUGGA